CUGUUUUUCUUCCAGUUCUUUCCUUUUGAUCAGUUAAACAAACAGAAACAAAGAAGACGAAGCAUGGACAUCCUUAUUGCCUUUGUCGUACUUCUCAUCACUCUUCCAUUAUUAUUUUUCAUGUACAAACCAAAAUCCAAUGCCGCCGGUGGAAAGAGUCUCCCCCCUGGCAAUACUGGCUGGCCGCUUAUUGGCGAGAGCAUAGAGUUUCUUAGCACUGGUCGGAAGGGUCAGCCAGAGAAGUUUAUAUUCGAUAGAAUGGCAAAGUUUUCAAGCAAAGUCUUCAAGACCUCGUUGUUUCUUGAACCAGCUGCAGUAUUUUGUGGGGCAGCAGGGAACAAGUUCUUGUUCUCCAAUGAGAACAAGCUGGUCACUGCGUGGUGGCCUAACUCUGUCAACAAAAUUUUCCCUUCCUCUAAUCAAACCUCUUCACAAGAAGAAUCAAAGAGAAUGAGAAAGCUUCUUCCUCUGUUUCUGAAGCCAGAAGCACUUCAAAAAUACAUUAGUAUCAUGGACGCCAUUGCACAAAAGCAUUUUACAAACGACUGGGACAAUAAACAAGAAGUAAUUGUUUUCCCUUUAGCUAAGAUGUACACUUUUUCAAUAGCUUGUCGCUUGUUUCUAAGCAUGGAAGAUCACGACGAAGUAGAAAAGUUCGCCAAGCCAUUCGAGGUUUUAGCCUCAGCAAUCAUUGCAAUACCCAUUGAUUUUCCAGGGACACCAUUCAACCGUGGGAUCAAAGCAUCAAAUUUGGUGAGAAAGGAGCUGACAAGAAUUAUCAAGCAAAGGAAGAUUGAUCUAGCAGAGAAUAAAGCAUCUCCAAGACAAGAUAUAUUGUCUCAUAUGCUAACCACAGCAGAUGAAAACGGGCAGUACAUGAAUGAAAUGGACGUAGCAGAUAAGAUUCUUGGUUUGCUUAUUGGAGGCCAUGACACAGCCAGUGCUGCUAUAACGUUUGUUAUCAAAUAUCUUGCAGAGUUGCCUCAAGUCUACAACAAAGUUUUAGAAGAACAAGUGGAAAUCGCCAAAGCAAAAGCACCAGGAGAGCUGUUGAGUUGGGAAGACAUACAGAAGAUGAAGUACUCAUGGAACGUAGCAUGUGAGGUAAUGAGACUUGCUCCUCCUCUCCAAGGAGCUUUCCGAGAAGCCAUGGCUGACUUCUCCUACGCUGAUUACACAAUACCUAAGGGAUGGAAGUUGUACUGGAGUGCCAUCUCCACUCACAGAAACCCUGAGUGUUUCCCAGAACCAGAAAAGUUCGAACCUUCAAGGUUUGACGGGAACGGGCCGGCGCCGUACACUUUUGUCCCCUUCGGCGGAGGACCGAGGAUGUGCCCUGGAAAAGAAUAUGCUAGGCUGGAGAUUCUAGUUUUCAUGCACAACGUUGUGAGGAAGUUUAAAUGGGAGAAGCUCCUUCCUGAAGAGAACAUUAUUGUUGAUCCUCUCCCAAUUCCUGCUAAAGGCCUUCCCAUUCGCCUCCAUCCUCACAAUCCUUAAAUAUUUCAUACACUCCCGACUGAAAUUUCACAAUAAUUUUUUCUUUUUUCUUUGUAAGACUUUACUUUUUCUAAAUAUUUAUUUCUUUUAAUCCAUCCUUUUCUAGUAUUAUAGUUGGUUGUUGCUCCAAAUUGAAUUAUAAUUGAAUAUUUCAGUCUAAUUGGAUUCAA